AUGAGCCAAUACCGAAACGGAGGUUUCAUUUCUCUUCUGACCAGAAAUGGGUUGGCCUGCCUCGGAAAGAAAGGUCGACUUCAUUAUGUCCAUGUGAACCCGGAUGGUCGUCAAGAGAGCGACGGCGACGCUGACGACGAUGAUGACGUCGAAGAGAGCUUGCCUGAUGCCACAGGCUCUAAUAAUUCUCCAUCCCCCAGCUCCAUGAUAUGGCGAAAGGGCCAGAAACCACAUUCACUGCCAGCAUCUACCUCGACGAACACUAGCCAUAACCACCAGGGAGAAAGGCUAGGCCAGAGUCAUCGAGACUCGAGGCACUAUAGCAUUUCCAGUUUCAAUGCAGUCGCUGACUCCAACGAAACGUCUCCACAGUCGGCAUCUUACUAUGCCCAGACUUCAGCAUAUGAAUGCUUGUCUCAACCUACCGACCAACCCUCGAAUGCUUUCCCAGCAGAGCGCGAUCAUUACCGCCUGGGGCCCUUGAAAGGCGUUCCCGAAACCUUCUCGGAUGCCUCCUAUACCAGUGAUCUACAGGAAGCAUGCUUGAUACGCUACUUCGUGGAGAAGCUUGCACAUUGGCUAACCGCCCACAGUUCGACUCCACAGACCGAGACCGACACUUCGCGCUCACAGUCCCCGGCCGAGCAAUCCGGCCACAUGCGCCAGGCCCUAAAAUGCCGCAACAACAUCAACGGCACGGUCAUCUUCGACGGGAUCCCGCUGCCCAGACUCAGCGAAGACUCGGCAAUCCGCUACCACAACAUCUGCAUCUCAUACCUAAUCGAGAUCUCCAAAGACCCAAACGAAGACUACAACGAAGACGUACUAACAGCAGCGACCAUCCUCCGCUUCUACGAGCAAAUAGACGCCCCCUCAAUCGGCACAGACACAGAAGCCUACCUCAAAGCCUACACACCCAAAACAACGACUCCUUCUACGCCGCCCAAACAAUCCACGGCCCAACGCACGACACCAACAUCCACUCCUCGCCCGCAAUCUCCCUCCGCCACUCCGCCUGCCUCAUCGCCCUCCGGCAAGAAAUCUGGAGCGCAUUCCUGCACCAACGACCCGUCCGGCUCCCCAUCUCCCCAAAGAACGACUACAACGCCUUCCCCACAACCUGCGACUUCAUCUGGGCCAACCGCAUCCUGGUCUGAUACCCGACGCAAGCAUCCCGGCUCGAAAAAUGGAAGAGUCUCAAGGCCUUCGAAACACACUGGAAUAACCAUAAACCUCUUUCGUAUAAACCGAUUUACCAUGUACCACCGGAACCGGAGAAGGGGUCUUAUUUCCCGACUAUCUGGCUUAUGA